UAAAAUACGGGCUUCCCUAGGCCCGGCAUAAUGCAGGUUGCUCCACGCCCAAAAUACUCCUACGAACCCGUUAAACCAACUUGCAAAACGGGUUGUCCAUCACAGCAAAUCGGACUAACCCAGUGAAAACACUGCCCAAUUCCCAUCGAUUAUUGAUUUUGGGUUUUCCAGACAAAGAAGGUUUGAGAAGAAGAACGACAAUGGCGACUUUUCUGCAAAAAACUGGUCUCAGGUUAACUCAUCUUCGCCGAUCUGCAGUUCUUUCGACAAGGUCAUUUUCUUCUGAAGCUGAUUCAUUGGUCGAAGUUCGUCCUGGUGAGAUUGGCAUAGUUUCUGGCAUCCCCGAUGAACAUCUUAGCCGACGAGUUGUCAUAUACUCCCCUGCUCGGAGCGCAACACAGCAAGGUGCUGGAAAAGUUGGAAAGUGGAAAAUCAACUUCCUUUCCACUCAAAAAUGGGAGAAUCCUUUAAUGGGAUGGACGUCCACUGGAGACCCAUAUGCCAAUGUUGGUGAGUCAGCACUGACUUUCGAUAGUGAAGAAGCUGCAAAAGCCUUUGCUGAGAGACAUGGAUGGCAAUAUGAGGUAAAGAAGCGUCACACUCCACUUCUCAAGCCGAAGGCAUACGCAGAUAAUUUCAAGUGGAAGGGUCCUCCCAAGGAGGCAAACACUGCUUAAUCCAUUGCUUUUCAACUUUUGAGGAUGUAAAACUCCAUUAUAAGCUCUAUUUCCUUGCUUGUUUAGCUGUACAUUUUUCUUUUGUCCGAUAAUAAUCCAAAUGCGCUCAUUGUUAUGUGCUUGCGUGCUGCAGCAAAACAACAUCGGCCUUUCUCUAGUUUUGUUCCUUUAAACUUCUUAGAUUCUUCGAGAGCUUUUUCUUGUACCGUAUAUCUUAUUUCUUAUUUUAUAAAACAUCUGUUUAACUCGUGUUUUUUA